CGGCAGGGGCUCUGGAACGGAAGUGACGCAUGGUACUUGCGCAAAGACGACGAGGAGGCUGCGAAAAGUUAAGGGCCGGACCGCACGCUGUGCUCGCUUCCGGAAGUGGCUUCUGCGACAACAUGCUUGCGGACCUCGGCUUAAUCGGGACCAUAGGCGAGGAUGACGAGGUGCCGGUGGAGCCCGAGUCUGACUCCGGGGACGAGGAAGAGGAGGGGCCCAUUGUGCUGGGCAGACGACAAAAAGCCUUGGGGAAGAACCGCAGUGCUGAUUUCAACCCUGAUUUCGUUUUCACUGAGAAGGAGGGGGCGUACGAUGGCAGCUGGGCCCUGGCUGAUGUCAUGAGCCAACUCAAGAAGAAGAGGGCAGCCACUACAUUAGAUGAGAAGAUUGAGAAAGUUCGAAAGAAAAGGAAAACAGAGGAUAAAGAAGCCAGGUCUGGGAAGUUGGAGGAGAAAGAAGCAAAGGAAGGCUCUGAACCAAAGGAGCAGGAAGACCUUCAAGAGAGUGAUGAGGAAGGCUCAGAAGAUGAAGCCUCGGAGACCGACUACUCAUCAGCUGAUGAGAACAUCCUCACCAAAGCAGAUACACUCAAAGUAAAGGAUCGGAAGAAGAAGAAGAAGAAAGGACAGGAAGCAGGAGGAUUUUUUGAAGACGCAUCUCAGUAUGAUGAAAACCUCUUGUUCCAGGACAUGAACCUUUCCCGCCCUCUUCUGAAGGCCAUUACAGCCAUGGGCUUCAAGCAGCCCACCCCGAUCCAGAAGGCGUGCAUACCUGUGGGUCUACUGGGGAAGGACAUCUGUGCCUGUGCAGCCACUGGGACAGGUAAAACUGCCGCCUUUGCUCUGCCUGUUUUGGAGCGUCUGAUUUACAAACCCCGCCAGGCUCCAGUCACCCGCGUGCUGGUGCUAGUGCCCACCCGAGAGCUGGGAAUCCAGGUGCACUCUGUCACCAGACAGCUGGCCCAGUUCUGCAACAUCACCACCUGCCUGGCUGUGGGCGGCUUGGAUGUGAAGUCUCAGGAAGCAGCUCUUCGGGCAGCGCCUGACAUCCUCAUCGCCACCCCAGGCCGGCUCAUCGAUCACCUCCACAACUGCCCUUCCUUCCACCUGAGCAGCAUCGAGGUGCUCAUCCUGGACGAGGCUGACAGCCCGCCUGUCGGCACAGCCUGUCCACACGCCCCCACUUUGUGGCUUCUGCAUUUGCCAUUUCCUCAGCCUGGAGCCAUCUCCUGCCCCUUCAGGAUGCUGGAUGAGUACUUUGAGGAGCAGAUGAAGGAGAUCAUCCGAAUGUGUUCCCACCACCGCCAGACCAUGCUCUUCUCGGCCACCAUGACAGACGAGGUGAAAGAUCUGGCUUCUGUCUCCUUGAAGAAUCCUGUCCGGAUAUUUGUGAACAGCAACACAGAUGUGGCUCCCUUCCUGCGGCAGGAGUUCAUCCGGAUCCGGCCUAAUCGUGAAGGAGACCGGGAAGCCAUUGUGGCAGCUUUGUUGACGAGGACCUUCACUGACCAUGUGAUGCUGUUCACGCAAACCAAGAAGCAGGCCCACCGCAUGCACAUCCUCCUGGGGCUCAUGGGGCUGCAGGUGGGCGAGCUCCAUGGCAACUUGUCACAGACGCAGCGGCUGGAGGCCCUCCGGCGUUUUAAGGAUGAACAGAUUGACAUCCUCGUGGCCACUGAUGUGGCAGCCCGUGGACUUGACAUUGAGGGGGUCAAAACGGUAAUCAACUUCACAAUGCCUAAUACCAUCAAACAUUAUGUCCACCGGGUGGGGCGAACAGCACGUGCUGGCAAGGCUGGGCGCUCAGUCUCUCUGGUGGGAGAAGAUGAGCGGAAGAUGCUGAAGGAGAUUGUAAAAGCUGCCAAGGCCCCUGUGAAGGCCAGGAUACUUCCCCAAGAUGUCAUCCUCAAAUUCCGGGACAAGAUUGAGAAAAUGGAGAAAGAUGUGUAUGCAGUUCUGCAGCUAGAGGCGGAGGAAAAAGAGAUGCAGCAGUCAGAAGCCCAGAUCAAUACAGCAAAGCGGCUCCUGGAGAAGGGAAAGGAGGCAGUGGUCCAAGAGCCCGAGAGGAGCUGGUUCCAGACCAAAGAAGAGAGGAAGAAGGAGAAAAUUGCCAAAGCUCUGCAGGAAUUUGACUUGGCCUUAAGAGGAAAGAAGAAAAGGAAGAAGUUUAUGAAGGAUGCCAAAAAAAAGGGGGAGAUGACAGCAGAGGAAAGGUCCCAGUUUGAAAUCCUCAAGGCGCAGAUGUUUGCUGAACGGCUAGCGAAGAGGAAUCGCAGAGCCAAGCGGGCCCGAGCAAUGCCUGAGGAGGAGCCAGUGAGAGGUCCUGCCAAGAAGCAAAAGCAGGGGAAGAAAUCUGUAUUUGAUGAAGAACUCACCAACACAAGCAAGAAGGCCCUGAAACAGUAUCGAGCUGGCCCUUCCUUUGAAGAAAGGAAACAGUUGGGCUUGCCCCACCAGAGACGAGGAGGAAACUUUAAAUCUAAAUCCAGAUACAAGAGGAGGAAGUAGCUGUUGUGGCCUGAAGAAAUUCAUGGGGGCAGCCCUUAAAUCCCUUCCCUGUGGGAAGUCAUCCUGGCUGGUCUGUCUUUUCUCCAUUUGUUUAAAAAAACAAAAAACAAAAAAAAAAAACUUUGGUGUGGUGGUAUGGUACGUAGCUAUUUUCCUAAGCAUGUCUGUCAAUCUCCCUUCUUGCUCAUUAGCUUUCAUAUGACUAUAUUAAAUGGAAGUAUUUUUGGGAGAAAGAGAAACCAA